AUGGUCAGGUCCACUCUUCCGGAAACUUCCCUCUCCGGCGCACGCCCCGCCUCUCCUCUUUCUCACCAGCUCCAGCAGCUGAGGCUUUCGUCGCCUGACGUCGAAAAUGAAGAUUCUCAGCAGGGCGCCCCCUUCGGCAUCGACCCCAAAGACAGCGUGGCAGGCGCCAACCCUCUGCCGAUUGAAACUAUCCGCAAGAACCUAUCCACGCUCGCUCUCGCGCCCGAUGACUGUCGACCGGUGCUGUGUGAAGCUCAACUGAGCGGCCUGGGUAUCACCUCCAUCAUCGCCCUUCGAGACUUCCGAAACCUCCAGAUCGUGCGACUGCGCAACAACAGGCUCCGCACUCUGCAUCCUCUCAAACUGCUGACAUUUUUGACCGUGGUCGAUGCAGCCAACAACGAAAUCGAGUCUAGCGAGGAUCUCAUGCCAAACGCGUACCUCGAAUUUGCCGACCUCUCUCGAAAUCGUAUCAAACACCUUGGGGACUGGUCCUUCAACCCGCGCUUGCGGGUUCUGAAGCUCGGCGGCAACGCGAUCUCUUCGCUCGACGGAAACAUCGAAGGGAACGUCUUUCUGCGCCACCUGGAUCUUUCGAACAACGCCUUAGAAAGCCUUGCGCAGCUUUCUGGGUCUCUGCCGAUUGAGGAACUGCUCGUCGCCAACAAUCGAAUUUCAAGUCUGGAGGGCGUCGACUCUCUCGUGAAACUCAAAUUCCUCGAUGCGCAUGGAAAUCGCCUAACGUGUCUGUAUCCAGUGUCUUCGGAGACCCUCCCGAGUCUGCUUCACCUCGACGUCGGCGGAAAUCCAGAUUUCGGCGACGUCCGGCUGCUGACGCCGCUGGAAAAGUCCACCUUCCUCUGUUCGCUCAACCUCGUUCCCGGCCCGUUUGAAGACGUGGAGUGGCUAAGAAUCAAAGUGCUGCACAUUCUGCCAUAUCUCGAGCACUUGAAUAACCAACCCGUCACGUCCAAAGAGAAAGUGGAAGUGGAAGAGGUGUACGGCGCCGAACUUGCGGAGCAACGAAGAAUCUGGGAAUCUCUGUUGCCCAGAGAGCCCUUCACAGACAGGCGGCUGCUUAAGGGCCACGAGUUGCUCUCCGGGACUCAUGAACCCCGGUCUGACAACUCAGGGGGAAGGACCCAUGUAGACUACGACCGCCUAUUUGCAAAACGCUGCAAAGACCGGCACGCCCACAAUUAG